AUGUCGCAAUUACAAGAGGACCCCGCCACGGUGCUCGAACAAUUCGUGCACGAUGUGGCCAACCUGCCCGCCGAAAUCAAUCACCUGAUGGAGGAGAUUCAAGCCAAAGACAAGACCAUCCAAGAAUGCCGGACGACCAUCAACUCGCGCGACACCAGCCUGCAGAAAUUCAUCAAGCUCAACGGCAGCCUGACGCCCAACCCGAAGGAGGAGCAAUACAGCAAGACCAUCCUCCAGAAUCUCGACAAAUCGCAACUCCUGCAAGACGAGAAGAUCCAGCUCAGCGAAAAGGCCUGCGUCCUCCUGGACCGACAGAUCAAGCGCCUGGACAUCGCGAUCCACAAACUCCAAAGCAACGGCAUGCUCUCGAACGACCCCCCGCUCCCUUCCCUCUUCAACAACAAAGACCAAUACCGCGACCCCCCGCGCAUCUUCUUCCCGGACGCCACCGUUGACGCCGCCGCCGCCGCCGCCGCAUCCUCAUCCCCGACCGCACACGCCACCAACGGCGGCGGCGGCGGCGGGUCCGCCUCCGCCUCUGGCGGCGCAGCGAACCUCAUCCUCGGCGCAACCCAACGCCUGAACCAGUCCCUCAGCCGGAACGCCACGACCGCCGCCGCGGCUGCCGCCAUGCUGAGCUCCCCGUCCGCCGCGCGCUCCUCCGCCCCCGCCACUCCGUCGGGCACCGUGCACUUCCAGCAACGGCACCAGCGCGAAUCCUCCGCCGGCGCCGUCGAGAACAAGCGCCGCCGGCUGAACGCCUCCCUGGGCACCCUCCCCGCCGCGUCCUCCAACCUCCGUCAAUCCUCGCUGGGGCCCGGCACCCCGAAAGGCGGGGGCACGCCCGCCUCCAGCCGCGCCGGCAGCGCCGGGCCCCGCAGCUCCGCCUCGACCACGAAGAAGGCCCUCACGAAGAAGGUCGCGCCGCACCAGCAGCUGAAGAAACUCAAGACCGGCGGCGGAGGCGGCGGCGGCGGCAGCAGCGGGUUCAACGGGAAACACAGCAAGCGAUCCUCCAGCGCCAGCGGCCGCCUCAAACUCACCAAGAAAUCCUCCCCUUCGUCAUCGGCGGCUGGACCUGGUGGUCAUGGUGCUGCUGGUGGUGAAGACGACGAGGACGAUUCCCUGCUCAGCAGCGCCGACAUGUCGGACUCGGAACAUGCCGACCUCCGCGGUGGCGCCGGGGUGGGCGGCGGCGGCGGCGGCGGCGAAAACGAUCUGGACGAGGAGGAGGACGAGGAUGAGGGCAACGAGGAUACCAAGGUGUAUUGCACGUGUCGCAGCGUCAGCCAUGGCGACAUGGUGGCGUGCGACAACGAGGAUUGCGAGUUCGAGUGGUUCCAUUGGAAGUGUGUCGGGUUGACCCGGGAGCCCGUGGGCAAGUGGUAUUGUCCGCAGUGUUCGGCGAAAUUGGGCGCGUGA